AUGACUAAACUAGCAGCCCCUUCCCCAGACUUGUACAUCCUGAACUUCAAUAACGAUGCACAGUGGAUAAAGUACAAGGUGGCAGCCGACGAAUUAGAAGCAAAAUACGAGGGUAACAAAGAUAAGGGCGACGGAUUUUUCGAUUGGAGCUUAGAUAACCUUGGAGAAUGUUUCGAGUCACAAUACCCCAAAAACAGUGAUGAAAGUAAAGUGGGAUGUUUCUAUAUUGGACUUAACAGGGUUUUCGAUUGGGCUCCAGAAGAAGGCCAGACGUUGUCUUUCGAUUGCAAUUGGAGCGUGGGAAAAACUGGAUCUGGAAACUUGGACCCUCCAUUCGAUAUGGAAAUGCAGAAAGAAGUCGAAAUCGCUGCAGCACUGAAAGCGUACUACCCUUAUACCUCCAAGGCAGAGAACGGUCUGCAGCCCAUGCAGGCUAUCGAGAUAACCUUGAACACGGAAAAACUAGCUGCAAUGAACGAGACAGCAUCUUUGGACACCUAUCUUGAUUGCAGCGCUUACGUCAACGAGGAGAAGAUCGAAGAUUCAGGCGACGCCAACUUCGAAAUCAGAUACUCAAAAGACACGAUAGCCGAUGAAUAGUUUGGAUGUGGAUUGGAGUGAGUCGGUGAAAGAGAUCUGUCGCAGCCGUGCUGAUAAGAUCUACACAAACUCUCGUGAUCAUCUGAUUAUUACAUUGUACAUAGCACAUAGGUUACUAUUAUGAUGAGCUAGAUUAUGAUAUUAAUCUAGGAAUUUGAGAACUCGUUGCAAUUGUUGAGUAUAAUACUUUCUGAUAUGAAAUCGUUUC